AUGGCGUGGUCCGCGGCCGAGACCCGCGAUUCGCUGCCGAGUGGCGGCGUAGGCUCCUGCGCUGGCGCCCGCGAGGACGAGAAGGCGGCGAGGCGCAGGCUCGUCGCGACGCAGGUGAACACUUACAACCGGGAGGACGUAACCCAGGCCCCGCCGCCGAUCAAGGCGUCCAGGUUGAUCGUGAGCAUGGCCGCCACGAAGACCAUUGCCAAGGGGCAGCACGAUUGGUUGAUCGGCCGGCACGACAUCCGAGCGGCAUGCUUCCACGCCGCUGGGUCGGGGAAGGUGGUGAUCAUUCCGCAUCGUGGCCUGGCGCCUCCUGGCGUGGGCUGGGGGGCCCUGAAGGCCUUGCAUGGGGCUCGCGAGUCCAGCAAGCGCUGGGGCAACGAAGUCACCGACACCAUGAAACUCGAGGGCGCCAGGCAGGUCGUAUUGGUGCCCAUGAUGUUCGGCUCUGACAGCUUCGGGUACGCGACGUGCUGCCACGGCGACGACUUCUUGACGGCAGGCACGGCUUCCGUGGGCGCCCACGAUGAGAUCGACCGGGUGUUGACGAAUAACUUCGAUGCGAAGAUGGCGAUCCGCUGGACACUUGAAGGUUUCGAAUGGGGGGCGAAUCCCAAGCAUGUGGACGAUCUCCUGGUCCUGGCAGGCUUCAACGAGGAUUCGAAAGGUGCACCGUCGUCUAAAUCGACCGCGGCCGGCAGGCGCGACGGGGGCGACGACCUGGAGGGCGAGGCCGCGACCGACUUCAAGCAGGACGCCGGCGCCGCGCUCUACCUGUCCAUCGACCGCCCAACCGUCCAGUUCGUCGCGUCGCAGGUGAUGGCCGGGAUGAGCAUGCCGACUUCGCGCGGCCUGCAGCUGCAGCGCGUGGCGCGCUACGCGCUCAAGUACCCGACGGAGGUGCGGCUCUUCAAGUGCCAGAAGGAGCCUGGCGGCCUGUGCGUCUACACGGACACGGACUGGGCAGCCGACGAGCUGACAAGGAAGUCAACUUCGUGCAAAGUGGAGCGGUACGGGGACCACAUGUUGGAUUGCAGCGUGGCCAAGCAGGCGACGAUCGCGUCGUCCAGCGGCGUGGCCGAGUUCUACGGCAUCGCGCGCGCGGUGGCGAUCGGGAAGCAGACGAGCCAGAUCCUACGCCAAAUGGGCCUGGCGAGCGACCUGGCCACGGCGUCAGGCAGCUCGGCUGCGCGAGGCAUUGGCGCCUGGACGGGAUCCGGCGCGGACCGGCAUUUGGCGAUCAAGGAGCUGUGUGUGCAGGAAGCACUGAGGAACAAGGAGUUCGAGCUCGCGAUCGCGCAUGCAGCCGAAGGUCAGCACUUAGCGAGGGCGAUCCGCUGGACACCUGAAGGUUUCGAAUGGGGGGCGAACCCCAAGCAGGUGGAGGAUCUCCUCCUGGCCCUGGCAGGCUUCAACAAGGAUUCGAAAGGUGCACCGACGCCAUCGUCUAUAUCGACCGCGGCCGGCAGGCGCGACAGGGACGACGACCUGGAGGGCGAGGCCGCGACCAACUUCAAGCAGGACGCCGGCACCGCGCUCUACCUGUCCAUCGACCGCCCAACCGUCCAGUUCGCCGCGUCGCAGGUGAUGGCCAGGAUUGGCAUGCCGAAGGUGUUGCACGGCCUGCAGCUGCAGCGCGUGUGGCUCUUCAAGUGCCAGAAGGAGCCUGGCGGCCUGUGCGUCUACACGGAAACGGACUGGGCAGCCGACGAGCUGACGAGGAAGUCAACUUCGUGUAAAGUGGAGCGGUACGGGGACCACAUGUUGGAUUGCAGCGUGGCCAAGCAGGCGACGAUCGCGUCGCCCAGCGGCGAGGCCGAGUUCUACGGCAUCGCGCGCGCGGUGGCGAUCGGGAAGCAGACGAGCCAGACCCUACGCCAAAUGGGCCUGGCGAGCGACCUGGCCGCGGCGUCAGGCAGCUCGGCUGCGCGAGGCAUUGGCGCCUGGACGGGAUCCGGCGCGGACCGGCAUUUGGCGAUCAAGGAGUUGUGGUUGCAGGAAGCGCUGAGGAACAAGGAGUUCGAGCUCGCGAUUGUGGACGCGCUCCUGAACUGGGGCCGACAUCGGCACGAAGGCGCAUGCAGCCGA